AGCUCUUGAGUAGGGGACGCCACAUCCCGGGUGACCCGGGUUGGAUCUGCUGCUUCAAGUGGUCUCCCGUGUCUACCACUAUGGCCUGGACCAAGUACCAGUUGUUCCUGGCUGGGCUCAUGCUGGUCACCGGUUCCAUCAACACGCUUUCGGCAAAGUGGGCUGACAACUUCGUAGCUGAGGGCUGUGGAGGAAGCCAGGAGCACUACUUCAAGCAUCCCUUCGUCCAGGCAGUGGGCAUGUUUCUGGGAGAGUUCUCCUGCCUCGCUGCCUUCUACCUGCUCAAAUGCCGAGCCAGAAGACAAUCAGACUCCAGUGUAGAGCCCCAACAGCCCUUCAAUGCCCUACUUUUCCUGCCCCCAGCCCUGUGUGACAUGACAGGAACCAGCAUCAUGUACGUGGCCCUGAACAUGACCAGUGCUUCAAGCUUCCAGAUGCUGCGGGGUGCAGUGAUCAUCUUCACAGGCCUGUUCUCAGUGGCUUUCCUGAACCGGAGACUGGCACCAAGCCAGUGGCUGGGCAUCCUGAUCACUAUUGCAGGACUGGUGGUAGUUGGCCUGGCUGACCUCCUGAGCAAGCAUGACAAUCAACACAAACUCAGUGAAGUAAUCACAGGUGACUUGUUGAUCAUCAUGGCCCAGAUCAUCAUUGCCAUCCAGAUGGUGCUAGAAGAGAAGUUUGUCUACAAACACAACAUCCACCCACUCCAGGCAGUGGGCAUCGAGGGCUUCUUUGGCUUUGUGAUCCUCUCUCUGCUGCUCGUACCUAUGUACUACGUCCCCGCUGCCUCCUUUAGUGGAAAUCCUCGUGGGGCGCUGGAAGAUGCUCUGGAUGCCUUCUGCCAAGUGGGCCGGCAGCCCCUGAUCGCCCUGGCUCUGCUGGGCAACAUCAGCAGCAUUGCCUUCUUCAACUUUUCGGGGAUCAGUGUCACCAAGGAAAUGAGCGCCACCACCCGCAUGGUGCUAGACACCCUGCGCACCGUGGUCAUCUGGGCCUUUACCCUUGCCCUGGGCUGGGAGAUCUUCCAUCCACUGCAGAUCCUCGGUUUCCUCAUCCUCCUCAUGGGCACUGCCCUCUACAAUGGGCUGCACCGACCACUGCUAGCCUGUCUGUCCAGACGCUGGCGACUGCCUACCCAGGAGGGAGAGCAAGAGAGACUGCUGGGUGACAGCCGGACUCCCAUCAAUGAAGCCAGCUGAGCCCGCAGUGGGAUAUCUGCUGCCACCAGACAGCUAAGGCCGUGCAGACUGGUAUGCUGUGAGUGUCCUGUCCCAAGGCCUCUCCCCACCCAUCCCUACUGACCCCUCUGUGCAGCCGCUGCCAGAGAGGAUGGGAGGACACCAGGUCCUGCUUUAUUCCUGAGGCCUGGAAUAUUGGGACCCAGCCCCCACAGGCCCAGAUAUGGCAACCACUGUCAACCUCCCAGUUCUGCUGCACUAGAACAAACUUGUGAGCUUGGAUGUCAAGAAGCUACAACCCUAGUAUUUCUGUUACACACUAACUUAUCAUGGUAGAUUAUCUAGCUUAUGAACCAUAAGCCACAAAGAAGUCGGUGAACAGGUUCAAAUCAGAACUAAGAAACUGUUCUGCAAAGUUGGAAGAUAUUCCUGAAGCCUGUCUAAAAAACCUAGUUUCUGGCUCAGCCAUGGUUGCAGGCUCAGGGUGUGUACCAGGUCUGACUGCUCUGCAGCACAGAUGUACAUAAUGUGUCCUUGGUGCCUUGCAGCCCCAGCAUCCUGUGGGCCUCUCAUUGUCACUAGCCUGAGCACACUGGUACCCUUCCUCCCCGUGGUAGGCUCUUUGGUAUUUUUAUUUUGGUUUGCCUUGGGUUUUUUGCCAUUACAUGGCCCUGGUUGUCCUGAAACUCAUGAUGUAGACCAAGCUAACCUCAAACUCCCAGAGAUUCACCUUCUACUUCCUCAGUGCUGGAAUUAAAGGUGUACUUCAUCACGUCCAACACCUCCUUGAUGUUUUGAUGUUCUGUUCUUCAUACCCCAAGGCCUCUCUGCCUGGGAAAGAUUAAAGGGGAAUUCCAGGCUGCCCUAGGAAAUCACUUCAUAAA